AUGGCUGCACCAUUUUCCAUCCGUACUUCUCUAGCCAGACCAGAGAUAGAGGAUCCCAAGCAGUUUCGCUCGGUCCUCGACUCUAAUAAGCAUUUCAGCCCGUCGUCUUCGUUUGAUCUUCUCGACACAGGGAAUAGCACAACACCUUGGAUGACAAAGGUUACGGAUGAGGUUCUUCGUAACAACAUAGAAUGUGCCAAUGAGAAAAAUGCGAAGACCUUCAGAACAAGAGUCUUUUUCCUGAGCAUGCAAAAUCGUAACAGCAAUUCAAAAAGCCUCAACAUGUCCGCAUCCAGUUUCCGAAGCAUCGUAAAAACAUACGCCAUCCCUAACACCUUCGUCGAAAGAAUCUUCAAGGACAUGAUAUGGGACGGCAACGGAUGCUUUCUCAGUCAAAGUCCUGAUGGACAUCCAGAGAAAUUCGAACUCUUCUACCGCAGCGAAUGCGGCUUCCACUCGCACCCUCAAACCGCCUUCGUCGUUGAUUUUACAGCAAAUACCGCAACCUACAUCCUCAUCAACUGUCCCGACAGUGCUAAAACACGUAUCGUACACUACGUGACGCAGGACUCUCCACACGUGCUCGAUCGACCAUUGGGACUAGAUGCACUCCUUCUAGACGAGUGUCUGAAAGCGUGGGAAGACCGAGUCGAUCAUUAUCGGGGAAAGUUGCUCUCAUAUGAAAGUCAAAACCCCAAAGACGACCACAGCGCUCCCCCGUCCCUCGACUCGGACGCCGACAGCGCAACCAACACGCUGCACAAGCUUUGCACGAAAACGCACCGCAUGUUCGAGCACCUCGCCGACCUUGAAGCUUGUGGCAUAUUCCUCCGUACCGCCCACGAACGCUACAACACCGCGAUCCAGGCAUCCAACGCCCACCGCAAAUCCAAAUCUGAAAUGGGAGAGGACAGCAGCGCGUGGUCGCUGGACCGACCCUACAGCGUCAGUGACUCUUUCGCGCAACUACUAAGCGGCAUAGACACCUGCAAGCGCUGGACCGACAACUACAAAUCCCGCACCUCGCUGUACGAGAACAUGCUCUGGCACGCCGACGUACAGAAAAACAACGAGAUCAACGAGCGGAACGCCGUGGUCCAGCUCCAGAACGCAGCAGUCAAUCUGCGGAUCUCGCGGCUCACCAAAGAAGACAGUAAAUCGAUGAUAGCGCUGUCGGUGCUUGCUAUGCUUUUCCUGCCGGGGACGUUCGUUGCGGGCAUAUUCAGCAUGGCCUUCUUCACCUCACCAACGGCACAGGAUUUCGGUGCCUCGAAGUGGAUAUGGCUCUACUUCGCCGUGACGGUGCCGCUGACUGCUGGCUCGUUCGUGGCGUGGGGGAUUUGGAAGCGGCGGGGAAUGGAUGGCAAACGCACCAAUUUGCGGGACCUCGAAAACGGGCUCGAGAUGAACGGCACUCCGCUGAGGAAGAUUACCAGUACAAGGUCUUCAUAG